AUGCGCACCUUUCUAGUGCUAGCUUCCCUGAGCCUUCUGGCAGCAUCGGCUGUCCUUGCCGAUGAGGAGGAAGUCACUGAACUGAAGGUGGAGACGCUGAAGAAGGCCGACGAAUGUACCCGUGGAGCGGCAAAGGGUGACAUGCUAACGAUGCACUACAAGGGAACUCUCACCAGUGGCACUGAAUUUGACUCGAGCUACCCUCGAGGAGAGCCCUUCAAGUUUCAAAUCGGCGUUGGCCAGGUGAUCAAGGGCUGGGACGACGGUCUGCUAGGCAUCUGCCCCGGGGAGAAGCGAAAGCUCACCAUUCCUUCCCACCUCGGAUACGGCGACAUGGGCGCCGGUGAAUCUAUUCCGCCCAAAUCUACCCUAAUUUUUGAAGUGGAGUGUGUUUCCGUCGAUGAUGGACCUGCCCCGGUCAACAUCUUCAAGGAGAUUGACUCUGACAGCGACAAUCAACUGUCCCGAGAGGAGCUGAGUAACUAUUUGAAGAAGCAAGUUCCCGAGGGCGCCCGAAGUAGCGACAUUCCCGACCAGGAUAAGCUGAUUGAGGACAUUUUCACCCACGAAGACCGGGACAAAAACGGGUACAUUUCACACGACGAGUUCAGCGGGCCAAAGCACGACGAGCUGUAA